UCAGCGUUGAACUGCCAUUACCGACCACUCCAACCUUCUACGCAAUUCCAAAUUUCCUAGAAUAUUCUAGCAAGUUAUGAAGAAUUCUCUUUAGAAUCCAUUACUUGCAAAGGAGGUUUUGUUGGUUUUUAUUCCUCAGAUAAGCUGCGUGUUGAUUCGCAAUUGCUGAGCAGGAAGAUCUACGGGAGGAAAAUUCGAUUGGGGAAGAGAAUAGUCAAGUUGAAUCUUAAUUGGUGAGCAGGGAGAUCUGCAAGAAGGAAAACUCGAUUGGGGAAUAGAGUAAGUAAACGCAGCGGAUAUGAGUUGGGUUUGGGGAAAAAACGGUCCCGCUCAGGACUUGGAGGCAGCGACCUCUACGCCUCUGUUCCCGGGCAUCCCUGUGGAGGAGAAUGCAUUACGCUGGGCGUUUAUUCGAAAGGUUUAUGCCAUACUCACAUUGCAGAUGAUUCUUACAGUGGCCGUCGGAAGUGUAGUCGUUUUCGUUCCUCCAGUGUCUCUGUUCUUCGUCUCCUCCGGCCUUGGAUUGGGCCUUUACAUCGCCCUCAUUGUGCUGCCUUUUAUCUUAUUAUGUCCGCUCUAUUAUUACCACCAGAAGCAUCCUGUGAAUUUUAUCUUGCUGGCUUUGUUUACCACGACUAUCAGUUUUGCUGUCGGUUUGACCUGUGCCUUCACUAGCGGAAAGGUAAUUUUGGAGUCUGUAUUACUUACUACAGUGGUAGUUCUGAGUCUAACUGCAUACACAUUCUGGGCUGCAAGAAGAGGAAGUGACUUCAGUUUUCUUGGGCCUUUCUUGUUUUCAGCAGUCAUUGUAUUGUUUUUAUUUGCUAUCAUUCAGGCAUUUUUCCCUUUGGGAAAGAUUUCGGUGAUGAUAUAUGGGGUACUUGCUUCCUUAAUCUUCAGCGGAUAUAUUAUUUAUGACACAGAUAACUUGAUAAAACGUUAUACUUAUGAUGAGUAUAUUUGGGCUUCCGUUGUGCUCUAUUUGGAUGUAAUCAAUCUUUUCUUAUCACUCUUGACACUGUUUAGGGCAGCUGAUUAAUAGGAGUACGCCAAAACAAUGUAACUAUGAUAAAGCACUGUGUUCAUUGUAAGGGCAAUGGCCUAUUUUCAAUAGAGCAUUGAUCUGUGUAGAAGUUGUUCAUAUUGACUGUAAAUUUAUUUUUUAUAUUUUUGGGCUC